GGAGAAGCGUGACCGUAUCCUAUGAAUCCUAAGCCAGGUAUCCAUUGAUGCAGAUCUUCCAAAGAAACGUGAAACCAAACCCAAAAAGAAAUCACUGAGGGGGAAAAGGUGCAACAUGAGAGGUAAAAUGACAACCUGGCCUUUUCAGAAUAGCUGCUGGGAGCUGUGACAAACCAAGAGACCAGACGAUUACAGCACAGCUCCUGCAGAUCCUCAUCCACGGCAUCAGCUGAGCCUUCCAGCGAGUGUGUGCUGAGGUGCGGGCUCAGCAGCCAAGGAUGGAAGUGCUGCGCCGAUCCUCAGUCUUUGCUGCAGAGGUGAUGGAGGUUUUUGACAGAUCUCCCACUGACAAGGAGCUUGUGUCCCAAGCCAAGGCUCUCUGCAGAGACUACAUCAACUCCAGGCUAAUUCGGGCGGGCGUCAGCUGGAGCAAACCCGAGUACAACGCACCAGUGCCUGGCGGUAAGCUGGCCGAGGUGUCCACCAUACUGCUGCGACUAGGGGAUGAGCUGGAAUACAUUCGCCCCAACGUCUACCGGAAUAUCGCCCGCCAACUGAACAUCUCGCUGCAUUCGGAGACAGUGGUGACGGACGCCUUCCUGGCAGUCGCCGCGCAGAUUUUCACUGCAGGCAUAACGUGGGGCAAGGUGGUGUCUCUCUAUGCUGUGGCAGCUGGGCUGGCGGUGGACUGCGUGCGACAUGCGCAGCCAGCCAUGGUUCACACCAUCGUAGACUGCCUGGGAGAGUUUGUCCGCAAGACCUUGGUGACGUGGCUGAAAAGAAGAGGAGGCUGGGCAGACAUCACAAAAUGCGUGGUGAAUACUGACCCCAGCCUUCGCUCCCACUGGCUUGUAGCUGCGGUUUGCAGCUUUGGCCACUUCCUCAAGGCUCUCUUCUUCGUCCUGCUGCCUGAGAGAUGA